CUUUUGAUGACAGACCACUGUUUCAAUUCUAUUAGAAUUGGAAAGCGUUGUAUCUUGCUAACACAAGCUUUGCUCCGUUCAGAUUAUAUACGUUUUAUUAAAGUCUUGAAGUUGGGGAGGUACGAUACACUUCAGGGUAAAACAACCACUGAUCGCAUUUCCAAAAGAAAAUGUUGCCAACGUAAAAUUAACCUACGAAGAAAUGGAAAGACUCUUUGGCACAUAAAAUAAAAAAAUUUAACAAU